CUUAACGUCCGCAGGAGGGUCGAAUAGACCUCUUGUUGAUUCUGGAGCAGUUUGCCCGUUAAGAUCGUCCAUGAGGAAAGGGAAGUGGAAGAGAGAAAGAGAAUGAGUGAAUGGAAGGGGAAAGAAAGGAGGAUGAGCGUCACUCGGGGGUGAUUUGGCCACUUAACCCAGUCAUUUUUUUCUUGUGACGACCCAUUCUGCGUGUUCAUGAAAGGAGAUGCAGACCACACAACCAACUAGACGUGUGGUAGCGAGACGGCCAGCACCUCGCUCCACCGAAGAUGCUCGCGCAGUAGAGCUAGCACAGCUGCAGCGAAGAUUCCGGGCUUCUUACAUGAUAUUAGAGAAAAAUGACAAGGCUAUGUCUGUUAAAAUAGAGAUUACGCCUAGCGACCCGGAUUUCCCGUAUGAGCUGGAAGCUCUCAGUCUCCAUAUUCAUAUACCAGCUGAAUAUCCGGCAGUACGAUGUUCUAUCCAAGUGACCAACCCUGAAAUAUCCAGGGGGUUUGCAAGAAAUCUAGAAAAGGGAUUUGAGCAACAUCAAGCGGCUCAGUCAAACCACCGAACACUUGUUCAAGAAAUGGCAUGGUUGGAUAACAACAUGGAAACAUUGUUACAAGAGCCACCCGCUCCAACUAUACGGUUCGUUUCUAACACUGUUUCCAAAGAACCGCCAGCAACAAUGGCGCCUCCUCCGCCUGCUGCUGUAGAAAAGACUUCACCUCCCGCCAAGCAUUAUGCAUUGGAGGAAAUCCAAGAUGCGAAAGUUAAACGAGAGGCUGAAAUCAGAAAAUUAAAAGCCCAAUUCCGAAAUGAAUUGAGCGACAUAUCUAGGGAUUCCAUGACUACCGUUCUGCUGAUCAAGCUACCCUUAGACGCCAAUUGCCUUUUCAAGGAGGAGUUAGGAGGAACUAUCAAUAUCGAAAUGGAAAUACCGGCUCAUUAUCCAAUGAACCCUUGCCGAAUCAAAAUCGUGAAUGCCGUUAAUCUUGCUACUUGGAGAGCACAGAGUGUUGAACAAGGUUUCGCUAACCGCAGUUUUGUGUCUCCUGCUACCCUGUUUCAACAAUUGAACUGGCUAAACACAAACUUGAAUACGCUAUUAGAUGUCCCAGCGCCUUCUAAUCCAUCAGUCAUCAAGACACAAGUGCCAACAGCGCAUACCUCUCCUCCAACUACUCACCAUGUCCAGUCGUCGGGAGUCCAACACAGCCUUGAUGAAAGCUUACGGAAAGAUAAGAAAAUUUACGUCGAGAGGCCAUUGGACCCCGUACCAAAGGCUGAAACGCCACCCCUUAAGAUCAAUGGCGAUGAUCACGGUAGCGACGAGGCAUCUCAGCAGGAAUCCGACGACGAUGAGAUCUCUAUAAAAAUGGCAUCGACCAGUGUUUCGGCCACGCCACAGCAAGUGCGAUCGGGAACAGAAAUACGUUUUCCUGAUAUACGACUAGAAAACGUCGCCUUAUUGCGAUGCGCGCGGAUGUUUCUUAUGGUCAAGUGCAAUCGAUGUCAUAACACUGUGGAGGUUGAAAACAUCGUUCCGGAUCAAGCUGCCGUAGACUCGGCAAGCAAUGGGUCUGAGAAACAUCAACGUUGGCUACCGUGCCCAACGUGUUCUUCUCUGAUAGGCGCUCUUUUCAAGGGGAACUACUUGCACAAUAACUCCAUUACAUUGGGCUUGCUACAGCUGGCAUCUUGUACGCCAUUCGACUUAUUGCCCUCCACUUACAUUGCGACAUGUACCAAUUGUAUGGAGCCGCACAUACCCAUCAAAUUGACCGUGCAUGAUCAGCCAAAAUCCACGGUAUGCCGAAAUUGCCACUCGAAAAUGAGUAUCGGUAUACCCAACAGCCAAUUUGUGAGAAUAGGGUCUGGGACAGGAUCGAAAGAACUCCGUGCAGACCCUGCAGUUUUACAAUUGAAAAAAAAGAAGCAACCAAUGCAAGAACUUGGGCUUGUGGUGGGCCAACCGUUGCCUCACCAAGGUGCAUGUGAGCAUUACCGUAAGUCAAGGCGGUGGUUCCGGUUCUCGUGCUGCAAUCGAAUUCACCCGUGCGAUCGAUGUCAUGAUGAGAAAGAGGAUCAUAAAGCAGAGCUUGCCAAAAUGCAUGUAUGUGGGUACUGUUCUCGCGAAUUCACAUCAUCCAAGUCAAUAUGUGCUUGUGGCCAAGAACCAGGAAAAUAUCAUGCAGGUACCUUCUGGGAAGGUGGAGAAGGAACUCGUAACAAGAAAAUAAUGAGCAGAAAGGAUAAACAUAAAUACUCUGGUUCACCAUUUAAAACUGCUUCUAAGAAGCAGCAACGUGUUGGUGAAGCUGGAAAAAUGGCCACAAAGAACAAAAGCAAGCAAGAAGCGGAUAAAAGUACAUGAUAAGGUUUCUCAUCUAGUUAUCCAAGUCGACUGGGAAAAUAUUCAGGUCGGAUAUG